AUGUCAGAACUGCAUAGCUUGCUUACUUUCCCAGAGAGGCCCAUUUCUAAAAGUUAUUAUGUGCCAAAACUGCAGCAUUUCUUAGAGUGUGGUAUACCUGCUACGUACACUUUGGAGCAGGUUGCUGCGUUUGAGCGUGAAGAGGAUGAUAAAUGCAAUCCCACGCUAGAAGUAUGCAGUGACGAUGAUAAGACUUCAAAUACGACGCCAUUGCACGUGUUGGCAAGAUCGCUUCCCUUGGAUAUCAAUGAUGAGGAACUGCAAGUGGUGCUGGAAAUGAUGAAUAUUCUUUUUGAAUAUGGUGCUGGGUGGAACUUCAUUGACUACGAGGACAAAACAGUAGGAGAUUUACUUUUAGAGAGAAACCAAGAUAGGGAAAGUCCUCUUUAUAGGCGUCUUGUGGAAGCCGGUGUCUCUGCAGAGUUGCUGUUGAGAAAACUCAAUGGCGGUGACGUCGAAUUCUUAGACAUGGAUGAGUCGGAGGAAGCGAAUCCUGAAGAAACCACUAAACUCCCAUUCGAUAGUGAGGAACAAGAACCGGUUGCCGAUAAUGAUGCUACCGCUGCAAACCAAAAAGUGUACCUACAGACAAAAUUAGAGUACAAAGACGAUGCGCUCAUCACAAAGGAUAAUAAGGACGGUGUUAUGAUGGAUUGGGAAACUAAAAUUAUGGAAAUUGCCUCCAAGACUCUAUUCCCCGACCCUAAGGCCACUGGAUCCGCCACAAUUUUGAACAUUGGCUUCGGAAUGGGUAUCAUUGAUACUUUUAUUCAAGCUCAAAAACCUUACCGUCAUUAUAUUUGUGAAGCCCAUCCAGACGUCCUUGAGAAAAUGAAAGAAGACGGUUGGUACGAAAAGGAUAAUGUGGUUAUUUUGGAGGGUAGAUGGCAAGAUACUUUGAAUAAGUUACUAGACGAAGGUGAAGUUUUCUUUGAUGGUAUUUAUUACGAUACAUUUAGCGAGCAUUAUCAAGAUAUGUUGGACUUAUACGAUGUCAUAGUAGGCUUAAUCAAACCAGAGGGUGUUUUCUCUUUUUUUAACGGAUUAGGUGCUGACAGGUCGUUAUGUUAUGAUGUGUACAAAAAUAUUGUUGAGAUUGAUGUCGGUAAUUAUGGUAUGAAAUGUGACUAUACAACGUAUUCUUUAGAUGAACAGCUACCAGAUUGGAAUGAUGUCAAAAGGUCUUAUUUCAACUGUAAUUAUUACUAUCAUCCACACAUCACAUUUGUCUAG